CAGUUGUCUCUCUCUGCGUGCACAAGUGACAAUAACACUCAACAUCUGGUGUUCUAUUUAAACUCUACUAAUGAAAUCUUGCGUAGAUUUUUGUAAGAAUUAAAAAUAGCAAGGUCAAUUGAAUGAGUUUACAGUGGCCAUGUUUAGACCAAUGACGUUUUAAUAUCAGACAGAUUGUAUUGACCUCUUAUCACGGUUAAAUGUGAAUCAAACUUUAAAACAGUGAGUCGUGUUUGUGUGAGGUGGAGCUGAAUCUGUGAUGGCGGACGCGAAGAAGAAAAAACAAUGUAUCACGCCGUUUAUGAAGCAGUGCUUCGUGACAGCCGGCGUGUCACUGAACAUGGCCGGCUCAGGGCUGGUGGUGGGCUUCACCACUGGUCUCCUGCAGCAGCUCAAGGCUCCAGACUCUAUCAUCCAGAUCGAUGAGGUCUCCGGAUCUUGGAUAGCGGCUAUAAUUGGCAUCUCAUUGCUCGUCGGCAAUUUCCUCGCACCGCCAUUAAUGUCAAAGUUUGGAAGAAAAAUUGCUAACCUGAUCACAAUAGUACCGCUGAUCGUUGGCUGGACUGCGAUAUACUUCGCCAAGAGCAUCACCGUACUUAUAAUGGCUCGACUCCUUCAAGGCCUCUGCAUGGGCAUGUGUACAUCAAUAGGUUCACUUUUAAUUGGAGAGUACUCCAGCCCGAGGUAUCGCGGAGCCUUUUUAAUGACAAUAUCCGUCUCCAUAGCAACCGCCGUGUUAUUCGUCCAUUCCUUAGGCUCCUACCUUUCCUGGCAAGUCACGUCUUUGGUAUGCGGUGUAAUAUCAAUCAUAGACUUGUUCAUUGUCAUCUACUCGCCCGAAUCGCCUAGCUGGUUGGCAAACAAAGGGAAGUAUGACGCUUGUAAGCAAUCCUUCCGAUGGUUGAGAGGGGAUACCGAAGAAGACGAACUGAGAGAGAUUAUUAACGCGAGCAUAGCUCUAAAGGAAGAACAAGCAAAGGAAAUAAAACCAACAUCACUAGUAAAGAAGAUAGCAAGUGAAGUGGACUACAUCAAAACAACAGUCAUAAAGAAGGAGUUCUUGAAACCAAUCAUCAUAAUGAUCCAUAUCUACACGUUAGGGCAGUGGAAUGGCAUAAACAUGUUGGUAGCCUACCCGAUAGACAUGUUCAAUAAGAUGGUUGGAACAAACGCCAACAUGCCGUUACUGGUGAUGACUCUAGACAUCCAUAGGAUAAUAGCGAACACAACAGCGCUGUACGUGAUACAAAAAGUGAAACGACGGACAAUUUUAGGAGUGACUGUGUGCUUGAACAUUCUGGCUGUGAUAGCCUGUGCUGGUUACACUUACGCAAAGGAUACAGGACUUUUACCUCCCGAUGAAUACAUUCUUGGAGUCGCAUUGGUCCAUGCUCACAUGUUUUCAGUAGCCACGGGCGCUCUGCCACUCUGCUUCAUAAUUGCUGGAGAAAUAUUCCCUUUAGAGUACAGAAGCCUGGCUGGAGGCAUCAGCGUAUUAUUCUACUCUUUACACAUGUUUGUUACGAUGAAGACAGUGCCGUUAAUGCUCACGACUAUAGACUUAUUCGGGACGUAUAUUGUCUUCGCUGUAUGCAUGACGUACGCUUUCCUUGUGGUCUGGUUUCUGUUACCAGAGACUAAGGAUAGGACGCUCCAGGAUAUAGAAGAUGAGUUUAGAGGCAGACCGCUGUCUCCUAAGGAGUUGAAGUCGGUUCAGUCUAUUGCGUCAAUGAGGGCUUAUACUCCGGAUAGGAGGUGUAGUGGUACUGUCGUUAUAUAGGUAUUAUUGAAAAAAGUGAUGAUGCCAAGGUCUACGUAACACUUUUGCAAGCGUAGAGCAUUGUCGCUUUUCUACAACUGUUAUGGUCUCACCCAAGUUUUACGGCCCCCAUUCCACUAUUUACAAUGGACGAUGAAUAAAGCGAAUUUAUCCGUCAAGAAAAGAGCGAAGUGGAGAAGAAACAUUUGGAAAACUGAUCCCACCACCAUGUGGGAUACAUAGCUGGUAAGAGAGAAAGACAAUGGCCGAGAAAUGAUUGGAAUUUGGACAAAAUUUGACACUUUUUAUAUUCUCCUAAGCAUUUUGCCAACACAAUAAUUCUGAAUAUAUUGUGUAGACCAUGAGUGUUCUGCCCCUUACUGAAAUUCCAAUCAUCGGAAUUGGGGCCCUGGUAGCAGUAGAGAUGACUUAAAAUGGAAUGAACGGGAAUUAAAGGUUUUUGCUACUUUAGAAUUGCAUUCCAAUGUUAUGGUAUUGGGUUGUGAUUAAAAGAUUAAGUUAGGUACUUAAUUAAUUAGUAACAAUUCGAUGUUAAGAAAAUAUUUGAGUAAUUUCGUUAUCCGUUGUGCUGCUUAACAAAUUGUUGUUUUGUUUUUUUUUUUAAUUUAAUUUUAACACUUGCUAACAACUAAAUGACUUUGAAAUACUUUUAAGAUUAGUGCUAAAGAUAAUUCAUACUUAUUAUUUUUAUUGAUAUUUUGUAAAUAUUUUAUUUAUUUGUUUACCCAUGUUAAGAUACGUUUAUUUGACUAGGUUAAAUUGUCUUGAUUAAGAUUUUUAAUGAACAUCGUCACAUUUUUUUCCCAAUAAUUUUAGACAUUACCAAAUACAGAAAUGAUGUUUCCUGAAAA